GGCGGGGCGGGGCCCUGCGCGCAGGUGAGCGGCGGGGCAGGGCGGGGCGCAACUGCGUUUCGGUGCCGGGGCGCCGCUGAGGCCACUUGCAGACACCGGCCACAGUUGUGUUCUAGGAAGACUGAGGCGCCCCCCUACCCCCAGUCAUGGCCCGCUCGGCCUGCGGGUUCUCAAUCUCACUGCUGGGGGCCCUGCUGCUGGGCACAGCACACCUGCUGCGCGGGACAGAAGCGUCUGAGAUUGUUCUGCCCCAUGGAAGUGGCGUUACAGUGCACAUUAAGCUGGUGAGCCCAGCCCUUCCCGUGAAACUCUGCUACAUCAUCAUGUUUAGACAGCAUAUAACCGAGUUGAUUGUCAGACCUGGAGAAAGAAAGUCUUUUACCUUUAGCUGCAGCAAUCCGGAGAAGCACUUUGUCAUGAAGAUCGAGAAGAAUAUUGACUGCAUGUCAGGCCCGUGUCCUUUUGGGGAGGUUCGUCUUCAGCCAUCCACAUCAGAACUACCCAUCCUCAACAGAACCUACAUCUGGGAUGUUAGAGCUCAUAAGAGCAUUGGCUUGGAGCUGCAGUUCGCAACCCCUCGACUGAGGCAGAUUGGACCAGGCGAGAGCUGUGCAGACGGGGUGACUCACUCCAUCAGUGGCCAUAUAGAUGCCACUGAGGUCAGGAUUGGGACCUUCUGCAGUAACGGCACCGUGUCCCGGAUCAAGAUGCAAGAGGGUGUGAAAAUGGCCUUACACCUGCCCUGGUUCCACCCCAGGAACAUCUCAGGCUUCAGUAUUGCAAAUCGAUCAUCUAUCAAACGCCUGUGCAUCAUUGAGUCAGUCUUUGAGGGUGAAGGCUCAGCGACCCUGAUGUCAGCCAACUACCCCGGAGGCUUCCCUGAGGACGAGCUUAUGACCUGGCAGUUUGUUGUCCCUGCACACCUAAGGGCCAGUGUCUCCUUCCUCAACUUUAACGUCUCCAACUGUGAGAGGAAGGAGGAACGCGUUGAGUACUAUAUCCCAGGUUCCACCACCAACCCGGAGGUGUUCAGGCUGGAGGACAAGCAGCCAGGAAACAUGGCUGGGAACUUCAACCUCUCACUGCAAGGCUGCGACCAGGAUGCCCAGAGCCCAGGAAUCCUUCGGCUCCAGUUUCAGGUCCUGGUCCAACGUCCACAGAAUGAAAGCAAUAAAACCUACAUGGUGGACCUGAGUCAAGAGCGAACCAUGUCGCUCACCAUAGAGCCACGGCCAGUCAAACAUGGCCGCAGGUUUGUUCCUGGGUGCUUCGUGUGUCUAGAGUCUCGGACUUGUAGUACCAAUGUCACCCUGACAGCUGGCUCCAAACACAAGAUUUCCUUCCUGUGCGAUGACUUGACACGCCUGUGGGUGAAUGUGGAGAAAACCCUAAGCUGUCUAGACCACCGUUACUGCUACAAGAAGUCCUUCAACCUGCAGGUGCCUAAGGACAUCCUCCAGCUGCCUGUGCAGCUGCAUGACUUCUCCUGGAAGCUACUGGUGCCCAAGGACAGGCUCAGCCUUAUGCUGGUGCCGGGCCAGAAGCUGCAGCAACAUACACGAGAGAGGCCUUGUAACACCAGCUUCAGCUACCACGUGGCCAGCACUAACCCUGGCCAGGACCUGUACUUUGGUUCCUUCUGCCCAGGAGGCUCCAUCGAGAGGAUCCAGGUGAAACAAAAUAGCUCAGUGACACUGCGAACCUAUGCUCCCAGUUUUCAACAAGAAGCCUCCAAGCAAGGCCUGACAGUGUCCUUCAUACCGUAUUUCAAAGAGGAAGGCAUCUUCACGGUGACCCCAGACACAAAAAACAAGAUCUAUCUGAGAUCACCCAACUGGGACCAUGGCCUGCCUGCCCUCUCCUCAGUGUCUUGGAACAUCAGUGUGCCUAGCAACCAAGUGGCUUGUCUGACCAUCUUCAAAGAGCGUUCUGGCUUGGCCUGCCAGUCAGGGCGUGCAUUCAUGAUCAUCCAGGAGCAGCAGACCCGGGCAGAGGAGAUCUUCAGCCUGGAGGAGGAAGUCCUGCCGAAGCCAAGUUUCCACCAUCACAGCUUCUGGGUUAACAUCUCCAAUUGCAGCCCCAUGAAUGGCAAGCAGCUAGAUUUGCUCUUCUGGGUGACUCUUAGCCCAAGGACUGUAGAUUUGGCUGCCAUCAUUGGUGCAGUGGGAGGCGGAGCUCUGCUGCUGUUUGCCCUGGGACUCAUCAUCUGCUUUGUGAAAAAGAAGAAGAAGGUGGAUAAGGGUCCUGCUGUGGGUAUCUAUAAUGGCAAUGUCAACACCCAGGUCCCCCAGACCCAAAAGUUCCAGAAAAGGCGAAAGGACAAUGACUCCCAUGUGUAUGCUGUCAUCGAAGACACCAUGGUAUAUGGGCACUUGCUGCAGGACUCAGGUGGAUCCUUCAUCCAACCAGAGGUGGACACCUACCGGCCCUUCCAAGGUCCCAUGGGAGACUGCCCUCCCACCCCACCCCCUAUAUUCUCCAGGACCCCAACUGCAAAGUUCACUGCAGAUGAGCCGGCUCCUAGUAGCCCUCCUGAGUCUGACAGUGAACCCUACACUUUCUCUCACCCCAACAAGGGGGAGGUUGGUGUCAGGGAGACUGGCAUCCCCUUACUCAAUAUCCAGGGACCAGUGGAGACUGAAGAGUAAUUUGGCCCCAUUCCAAAGACUUUGCUAAGAUGCAUGGCACCAGACAUUGAGACAUGAAGAACUGUCCCAUCAAGAAGUCAGAGGGAAGUACAAUCAGCUAGAAGGGAGAGUAGCUUUUGUAAGGUGCCAUCAAAUCUUGGUCUGCUUCCAGCGAUAAGUAUGGCUUCUGAUGGAGAUGCCAUCCUAAAGCUCAGGCCUUCCUGGACUCAAGUUGUGUUGGGGCUGGCCACCGGGACAGAAGAGAGACAUGAUCCACCCAGACAGGACUACAAUGAGCCCUGGAUUCCUGGAUUCCCAAUGAUAAGAAGAGACUUAGCUGACUCCCAGGAACUCCAUUUGAGGUCUCUGCUCUCACUGGAGUCCUAUGGAUGAAAAUGGCAAUGUGCUUUUUUAUUAGUAGUAGUUGUAUUUAUUCGGUGGUCCUGUAGGUUUUUAAAAAGUUGGAUGUGGAGCUGAGGGUAUAGCCCAGUUGGUAGAGUACUUGCCUAACAUGUGCAAAGCUCUGGGCUCCAUCCUCAGCACUGCAUAAAAGCAGGCAGGAUGGUACACACCUGUAAUCUCAGGAGGAUCAGAAUUUCAAGUCAUCUUUGAGUAUGCUGUGAGUUGAAGGCCCCUUGGUCUGUGUAAGAUCCUCUUGAGAACAUGCACAGCUCUUUUGACCCCUGUAGUCAUGACUCGUGCUAACUGGUUUGGACAGCUGUGCUUUGGUUUUUGCAGACCUCUAGAUAAAUGUACACCUGUGGGGAAGAUGAUGAUCUACCCAGCCAGAAGAGUAUCUGCAUUUGUGUAUCUCUUACUCAGUAAGAGAUUUCACAAUCCUCCUUGACUGCAUACAGCUGUCCCCCUGCAGAGUUUAUCACAGAUCCCCUCGUCCCUUACUCCUAGAAAAAAGAGAAAGUUCCUUGAGCUGCCCUGUGUGGUGUGUGGCUCUCCCAGCUGCAGCAAUACUUUACAUAUAACAGAAAAUUUGAGAAUAACUUGAUCCUUUAAAAAUAUAUAAAUAUAGGCAGUGGUGCUCCAUGCCUUUUAUCCCAGAACUUGGGAGGCAGAGGCAGGCAUAUCUCAGUGACUUUGAGGCCAACCUGGACUAUAUAGUAAGUUCUAGGACACCCAGGGCUACACAGAGAAACCCAGCUAAACAAAACAAAACAAAAAGAAAAGAAAGAUACUGUAAUACAUACACACCAAGACAGUGGCCAGCUGUAUCAAUUUCAUGGUAUUACUGCAGCACAUCCUUUAGUGGCAUCAAUACAGUUCUAGAGAUCAGAAUUCCCAAACUAGCUUGAGUAAACUAAAAUCAGGGUGUUGUUAAAGCUGUGCUUCCAAGGCUCUCAGAAUUCCCUUGCAUUUCCCAGCAUCUAGAAGCAUCCAUGGCUGGGCAAGUCUGUCUUGGUAUAGCUGGUCACUAAUUGAGCCACUUGCUACUUUCACUUGCAGAUCCAAUGUAGUUCCCAUAUCAACAGCCUUAACUUAAUCACCCGGGAAAAGUCCCUUUACUGUGUUUCAGGUACAACAGCCACUGGCUGGGAGGUGUGAGCAUCUCUGAGGAUAAGAGGAGGGCAUUGUUCUACCUCUCCCACCCUGCUGCCACUGGUACUCAAAGGAGACCAUACAAAAUGACUCAUCCUAAAAAGUGUUUGGUUUAGUAUAUGUAUAUAUACAUGUAUAUAUGUAUGUAUGUAUAUGUAUGUAUGUGUAUAUAUAUAUAUAUAUAUAUUUUUUUUUUUUUUUUUUUAAGUUAAAAUUUUUUUCCCUAACAAUCCAGCUCAUAGGACCUGUUCAUGCUGGGCACAUAUCCUUGACCAGAGAUGCCCAGCUAAAGUGAGUCACAGGUGGCUCUGGCCCUCAAAUAGGACAUCCAGGGUAACUUAGUCCCCAUCUUACUUGGUUGCCUCUAUUCUGUGGCUAUGUGCUUGUGGUUUAGAGUGACACUGAAUUGUAUGAAAAGCAAAGGAGGCACUUUCAACACUUAGAGAGUGAGGAGACAGCCAAAGUUCCUCCUGCCGUGAUGUAGAGGGAAAGCCAUAAUAGUAUAGCUUAGCACAUUACAGAACUCAGGACUCUGGCAAACUUCCAGGAAAUAAGUGUGAUUCAUGAUUCUCAGGGAAUUGGCCUUGGAAAGGGAACAUCUUGCCUAUGCAGCCUCUGAGACAGAGCUCCUGGCCCUCUUGAGCCAUCUCCAAGAAGGAGAGGGUUCACUUUUUAUAUCAUACCCUGGAGGAUGUUCAUGCACCUUUUCUUUCCGAAAACUUUCCUCUAACUCCUUUCCAGGAGAGAAGGUUGUCUCCUACCCAGCUACCCAAGGUGCUGAUGCCCCUCCAUCAAGGUAGGGUCAGGGACAGCUGUGGCUCCUUCCUUAACCUGGAAUCACCAUGCUGAGCAGGCCCCAUAUACUUUCUCUCCAAAGCCUUCUCCCGUCAAAUGCCCCUUGAGAAGACAAUCAGUUUCGUGUGUUGGUUCUUACUGUGUGUCAGCCCAGUACCCUUCUACCUUGGUUCUGCUGACUUAGCACCCAUUGGCUGGGCCUGUGGCUGUAUAUGACUUGACUCUCCCAUGGGGACAAGCCAAAGUCCAUCAACUGUAACAUCAGUACAGGUUGGAGGACCAGUCUCUGGAUCUGCAAUGCAUAUAUGAAAAUUAUUUAUUUAAUGACAAAAUCUUAUUCAUUUACUUUUAUAAAUAAACAUAUACAAAAUAAAUGCAUGUCCGUUUGUU